AUGUCCGUCGAGAGAACGGCCGACCCUGUGUUGUUAGACGCCCUCGCAGCGCAGAUUCUGGAGCGGGGCUUGACGGACAGUUUACGCCCGGAGUUAUACGGCGGCCUUUGUCAGAGGAUCGUCGAUGAGCUGGAGGGCGAAAGGAACCGCUGGCGAAUGGUCGAGCUGUACCAUGUUGGGAACCCGAUCCACUCGUUCGAGACUGCCAUACAAGCGCAAGCGCUCGCGGAAAUCGACAGGAUUGUCGUACACGGGAGCGACGAGCAGCUGCGCGUCGCUGCUCGCUUUCUGGGAGAGUUAUUGGUACACGGUGUGCUUCUACCACAAGACGUUGGCGAGACCAUCGAGACGUUGACGACGGGAGCAGAAAAUAACAAUGAGGGACAUGCACUGGCCCUCGUCGCAUUUUUAUCUCCUAUUUUCCAUGCUCCAGACGCUAUUCGCCUCCUAGAAUCUCUUGUGGCCAUUGACGGGCUUGAACAUAUCCUGCAGGAAGACUCGAUAUCUCUCAAAAUUCGAUACGUUAUUAUGAAUGCGUUAGACAAAGCCACGAACCCGAAGCCCAACGACAUGUUCGGCACUGUGCCGCGAUCCGAGAUUUAUGGUCUCGACGUCGAGGAGGACCAGGAUGACUUCGACACGCCCAGCCCGCCUGAUGUCCCAGAGCGCUUCAGUUUCCCCCCCAAAAUCACACUACAGUGCCAUGAAAAGGCGCGAGCCUUCUUCUCUUAUCGACAGCUGCCCACGGCAGAGGAGUUCUUCUCAGCUCUCGAGUCAAAAUACCGCCAUGUAUUCGUGAUGAGCCUCGUAUCGUCCGCCCUGUCGUCCAGCGACCACUCCGAUGCGAUGCUCGUCGCCUCGUUAUUUUCCCGAGAACCUGUCCGAAAACUCUGCUGGCCUGCAGAUAGUUUCGUACAGGGUUUCGAGCACGAGGUCUUCAUGCUGGAGGACACUUCGCUUGAUAUACCUCCCGCGUUCAACCUAGUGGCGAUCAUGCUGCACUCGUGCGGCCUCACCCGAGAUAGGGUUGAGGAUCUUGCCUACAGAAUCUCGCCUAGGGAAAAUCGUGCGAGGGAUCGCUUCUUGCACGAGUACUCGGCUUUAGAGUUAGCAGAGGACUCUGCGCGAUUCAAAGAUAGGACGUCUUUCAGGGUAUCGCGGGAAUUCAAUCCGGACGAGGACCGCACCUCAACCGACGGUCGUUGGAGCGAACUGCAGAGUACUAGCUCUGAUGUAGGCUAUGCCUAUUGA